CAGUGGGCAAUUACAGCUCGGAAGUUUCAGAGAGGGAGAAAAAACUUUCUCUUCAAAUAGGGGAAAGAGCCUGGGCUUGGACUGGCCCAGAUGGCUGGGCUCCAGGGGGCGGAACUGGGGCAAAGAUCGAAGUAAGAGGGGACAGCACCAGGAAGGGGCUGCGAGCAGAGUAGCAAGCAGGCAAAGAGGCGGAGGAGGAGGCAGGAGCAGUGCCCUACGCUGGGGCCCCGAGCCAGGAGCAGCCGUAGCGAUGGGGCUCCGCGCAGCUCUGUUCGACCUCGGGGGAGUGCUGGUGCAUCCCUCCGCGAACGACAUCUUCACCCAGACCGAGGAAGCCUUGGCUCUGCCCAGGGGCUUUUUAAACAAAGCUAUCACCCAAGGAGGCCUUGAUAGCCCCUACCUGCACCUCAUGAGAGGAGAGAUUACAUUUUCACAGUGGGUUCCUCUCAUGGAAGAAGAAUGUAGGAAACUUUCUGCAGCCUCCAAUUUCUGCCUCCCAGAGCAAUUCUCUAUACCAAAAAUCUUUGAAGAUGUGAUUUCGAAAGGGAAGAUCAAUUACCCUAUCCUUCAGGCUGCCAUCACUUUGAGAAAUAAGGGUUAUAAAACCUGUAUCCUUACCAACAACUGGUUAGAUGAUAGCCCCCAGAGAUCCACUGUUGCCCAGUUGGUAUGUGCACUAAGAAAACACUUUGACCUAGUGAUAGAAUCAUGCCAAGUUGGAAUGGCCAAGCCAGACCCAGAGAUUUAUAAGUUUGCCUUGGAGGCAUUGAAGGUGGCACCACAUGAGGCUGUUUUCUUAGAUGACAUUGGGGCCAACCUCAGGAAAGCUCGUGAAGUAGGAAUGGUCACCAUCCUUGCCCAAGAUACUGACAUGGCCCUGAAGGAAUUGGAAAAAUCAACUGGCGUGCAGCUUCUCCACCACGGUGUGAUGCAGCCUUUUGCAAUCCAGUCAAACCAUGUUGCCCAUGGAUAUGUUGAAGUUAAGCCUGGUGUUCAGCUGCAUUUUGUGGAGAUGGGGUCUGGCCCUGUUGUGUGUCUCUUCCAUGGCUUUCCUGAAAGCUGGUUCUCUUGGAGGUAUCAGAUCCCUGCUCUAGCAGAAGCAGGCUACCGGGUUAUUGUUCCAGAUAUGAAAGGCUAUGGUGAUUCUUCUUCCCCACCUGAAAUAGAAGAAUAUUCCCAGGAAGUCAUAUGUAAGGAGUUAAUUACUUUCCUGGAUAAGUUGGGCAUUCCACAGGCAGUGUUUAUUGGCCAUGACUGGGGUGGUAUGCUGGUGUGGAACCUGGCCCUCUUCUAUCCAGAGAGAAUGAGGGCAGUGGCCAGUUUGAAUACACCCUUCAUUCAGGGAGAUCCAGCUGUGCCUGAUAUAGAGAAGAUAAAAUCCAACCCAAUCUUUCAUUACCAACUCUACUUCCAAGAACCAGGUGUGGCAGAGGCUGCAUUGGAGAAGGACCUGACCCAGACGUUCAAAAUAAUGUUCAGAGCAAGUGAUGAGAAACAGUAUUUCAAAAUUGAAAAUGAUCUUGAAAAAGGAAGAACUCUGAAACUAGUCGAGGAUGUGCAUUGGAGUUGGAUGGUAUCGGAGGAGGAAAUCAAAUUCUACGUGCAGCAGUUCAAGAAAUCUGGCUUUAGGGGUCCCUUAAACUGGUAUCGGAACUUAGAUGCAAAUUGGCGGUGGCGCUGCACUGCAGUCAGAAGGAAGAUCCUGAUUCCAGCCCUGAUAGUCACAGCUGAGAAAGAUAAAGUUCUUCUUCCAGAGUUUAGUAAGCACAUGGAAAAGUGGAUCCCCAACCUGACAUGGAGAAAUAUUGAGAACUGUGGACACUGGACUCAGAUGGAAAAGCCAAGAGAAGUGAAUGAGAUCCUCACUGAGUGGCUGAAAGAUGUGUCCAAGUCUCCAUUGGUCUCUAUGCUAUAAUGUGGGCUCUGUGUGUGUGUGUGUGUGUGUGUGUGUGUGUAUGAUCUAUUGAUACAUAUGGGAAGAUUGUUCCUAUCGAAUCAUGGCUUUCUUUUCCAUCCCCCCCUUUAAUUAAUAGCAUUCUAGGAGGCUGGUGGGAUGCACCAGAAAGGCAGUGGUGCUUCCUUCUUCUCUUGCUACAGCACACACCACAAAUAAGGGCUUCAGUUCUAAAAGAAAAAAAAAGGAGGGGAGCAAAUUCAUGCUUUAUGGGUACAGUUGAUGUUCACACUUAGCAAAGAUAAGAAGCUACUUGAAUCUCUCCCACUGACACUUUCUUCUUUAUGAUCACAAUUAGAAUAGGUUAGAGUUAUUAAAUAAUAGUGAUUUUGUUUCAUUUAAGUUGCAUUGGGAAAGAAUAAUUAUUAUCAACUGGCCUGGAAGUCAGAAGUUUCUGGGUUCCAUUUCCAGCUCAGCCACUUAUUAGCUGAAUGACCUUAGAUAAGUUACUCAAUCUCUCUGGACCUCAUCCAUCCAGUGAAAGAUGGAUGAGAUAAUCUCUCUGGUCUCUUCAAUCUCUAGCAUAAAUAUAUCAAAACAGGAAAUUGAAAAUGGGCUGUACAGGGGGCAGCUAGGUGGCACAGUGGAUAAAGCACUGGCCCUGGAUUCAGGAGGACCUGAGUUCAAAUCCAGCCUCAGACACUUGACACUUACUAGCUGUAUGACCCUGUGCAAGUCACUUAACCCUCAUUGCCCCACAAAAGAAAAAAAGAAAAGAAAAUGGGCUGUACAGUGUUGAGGUGUAAGAGGGAGAGGUAAAACCGGGGCUUCUACUUUGAUUGAAUGUUUAAUCGUGUUACAAAUUAAUUUGUUAAACAUAAUUGUAACUACAAUAAAAAAAUGUUUGUAAAAGA